CAUGUUCUUUCUCCUUUGCCUUUCCGCUCAGAGGAAGAACAAGAGGAAUAGAGAAGGGGAAGAAACUGAUGAGAAGCUGCAGCCGCAUUCAGGCUCCGAAGAAACCAUUCAAGUGCAUUAUCUAAGGGCAUUCUUCUACACGAGCCGGCAAGAGGUGGUGGUGGAAGUUGCCUGUCGAUCUCUUUUGCUUGAUCUUUGAGCGGCUCAGCUUACCAGACUAUGUUAUGUUAGAGCAACCGCAGUAUGCAGACACUGGAUGAAGAUGCAGGGCUAAACCCAAGAUAUGUAGUUUCCCAUGGAUACUCCCAAUAUGCAGCAUGGACACGACGAUGUGGCACUUCGAAGACAUAUCAACCAACCGGAAUUACUAGAGUUGUUUGCUGCACAAGUAUCUACGGCAAGGAUUGACCUCCCUCCGCUAUCAAAAGAAGAAUUUCAUGUAGCGACUCUCUGGCAUUGUUGCCACACCCGACUUCACUGGCAUCUUGGUCUGAGCCACAGGCUCAGAAACCAGCAUCCAGAUGUUCCAGCCAGUGACCAAGCCUGGAGCAAGAACAGCCAUCAAAACGGCCUUCCCACAAGCCAAAUUAAGUAUGUGGCUUCUGGGCCUGGCAACCGACUCUAUUGUAUAUGCAUGAGCAUGGCCUUGAAGUCCCUGGAUACAAUGCUUCGAAGUUGGGUAGUUGUCGACCUGGCUUUCCCGAGUCAUCUCUCCAAGGCCAGGGGCUGUCUCCAUCUUGUUUUGAUGAAUGAGGGGCAGACCUAGGCCGGGUUCACUUUGUUUGAUGUUAAUAAGAUGAAUGCUGGUUAGGUGCAGUGGUGUUAACAGCGAAGGAGCUAGUGCUAGGUUCUUAAGUCCUGUUCUGUGGAUGUUAAUCAAGUGUGAUGGCCAUGACGAUUCUCGUUCCACCUCGACGGCGGUCGCAUCCGAGUCUGUACUAAACCAAAAGAUGUUAUACUCCCGUGGGAGUAUAUUAUUCAUUUAGUAUCUUGAGUAAAAACCUUGUCUAGGACUAAUUUUGAGAUUCCAAAUUUUGGGGAUGUCACCUCUUCAACCCCUACAUCAACAAAAACAAAAAAAUUAUAAUUCUA